ACUUGAUAGCCUGAAAUGCCUUCUUGGUAGCUAGUUAUGAGGUUAGGAGAUUGGGAACCUAUAUGGGCUAGUUAAAGCCAACGUCAUAAAAUUGGUGGCUAGUAGCGUUAGUAUUUUUAUUUUAUUUUUUUAAACGAGACCUGAGGGUGCGCGUGCCCCUGUGCCCCCAUGGGCAUGAUGCCUCUUAUUAAUGUUUUGCCACAAUUUUCACCUUCAUAUCACAAACGUUGCUGUCUACUUGAAAAAGCUAAUUAUGCUUACAAAUUAAUUUGCUAAAUAGAUUAAUAGUGGGACGGACCAAAGAGAAUCUGAAGCUCUUGAUUGGUGCUUUAGGAGACGAGGAAAUGGGAGAUAGGGUGGGCAGAGGGCAUGGUUAAAUUAUUCACAAGCAGAAAUAAAAUCCAGGCUAGCAAGAAGGGCUCAUUUACCUGUGGAAGACUAACCCAUACUAAAACAUGCAUGAAGCCAAAAACUCAAAUCUAAAACAGACAUAAUGUUCAAUACUAUUGUUAGUAGCUUGAAUGUUUUGUGAAUUUACAAGUUGUCAUGACAAAUUCUAGUUAUUUUUACAGGUUGAAAAGCUGUAGCAAAUGCCACUAUGGUGCAUGCACAUACACUAUUAUAAAGGGCUGUAUACAUGGUUCCCUUCUCAAUAUUCUCACAGGAAAUAAGUCAUUUGUAAUGACAACUGUACUUUUCUUUAUUUUAAGUUACCUUUUAUUUAACAAGGUAAGUCAGUUAAGAACAAAUUCUUAUUUACAAUGACGGCCAAAGCAUGACGAUGCUGGGCCAAUUGUGUGCCGCACUAUGGGACUCCCAAUCACAGCCCGAUGUGAUACAACCUGGAUUCAAACCAGGGACUGUAGUGAUGCCUCUUGCACUGAGAUGCAGUGCCUUAGACCGCUGCGCCACUCAGGAGUCAAAUACUAGCAUAGUGUAUUUUACUGUACAUUACAUCUCUGGUAAAUGUUUCGAUACUGUGGAAUACAUUUGUUACUAGAUCAGAUUCACAGAUGAGUCUGACUGUAAAACCGCUAGGUGUAUUUGGCCAACAUGAAGAACAUGUCAUUUGUAUAAAAAACCAUUACGUAUUUAGUAUGCAAGUAAUCUUGUUUUUUAAAUUAGGCCAUUUUAACAAACCAUGCAACGAAUAACCAUAGAUUUAAUUUAACAUGACCCCGUUCAUACCGUUCUGUGCAAGUUUACAAGCUGAGAUAUGAGCCUAUCUACCUUUGUGUGUGACAGUAUUGUAUGUCAGGUGGGUAUCAUUUUACUGCAGAGAUAUUUGACACCCAGGUAAGGCAGGCACAUAUCUGAAGUCCGGUGACCUGAGGUAGUAAUACACACAGACACACUGGUCCUCACUACUGCCAGUAACUACAGAACAGGACCAUGGCGUUCAUUGCGAAGACCUUCUAUGAUCUGAAGGCCACAACCCUGGAGGGGAAUUCAGUAGAUUUCAAUGUGUUUCGAGGGCGGGUGGUCCUCAUUGAGAAUGUGGCAUCGCUCUGAGGGACAACCACCCGGGACUACAGCCAGCUCAACUUGCUCCAGAGCAAGUACCCUCACCGGCUAGUGGUCCUGGGCUUCCCCUGCAAUCAGUUUGGCUACCAGGAGAACUGUUCAAAUGGGGAGAUCCUGAACUCAUUAAAGUAUGUGCGUCCAGGAGAUGGCUACCAGCCUGGCUUCACUGUCUUUGAAAAGUGUGAUGUGAAUGGAACCAACACCCACCCUGUCUUUGCCUAUUUGAAAGACAAACUUCCCUAUCCUGAUGAUGAUCCACACACCCUCAUCCAGGAUCCUAAAUUCCUCAUCUGGAGUCCCAUCAGCAGGACAGACAUCUCUUGGAAUUUUGAGAAAUUCCUGGUUGGGCCAGAGGGAGAGCCCUUUAAACGUUACAGCAAAAAAUUUGAGACUAUCAACAUUGAGCCUGACAUUCAAAGACUGUUGAGACUAACCAAGACCUGAAAAUAGCAUGGGAAUGUUCUCCUUGUGUACUACUCAUUCUGCUACACAAAUGACUUGAUAUGAUAGACAGGGACUAUUAUGGCGUCGUCCAUCCUUUUGAGUUUUACUAAAUGAGGUUAAUAUUCUAAAAACUUGGGAGUAUUAUCUGAGGCCAUGUAAAUGCUUAAGAGUUGUGGGUUAUGCCUUGAUAAGUCUUCUUGCUCAUGUAAUAAAAAUAUGGAAAGCAUCAGCUAUAUUUUUGUAUGUCCUCCAGCAGUGAUCCUGACCUAUAGUAAACCCUCUCCUCUGUC